GGAGCCGCGCGCUCUAGGACCGAGGAGCGGAGCUGCAGGGAGACGGGGCCUCCUGCGGCAGCGGCCGCGAGCGAGGGAGCCGCGGGGCCGGGGCUGAGAUGAACGCGGGGCGCUCGGGAGCCACGAGGACCCAGCUGCCGGGGCGGCGGCGCGGGGAGCAGGAUGCGGCCGCCCGUAAUUAAAUAGCAUUUACUCUUAUUAUUACUAAUAAUAAUAAUAAUAACGUAAUCAUACCUCUAGUCAUAGCAUAUCACUUAUCGGGCUCGGCGCAGGCCCGCGGGGAGCGCAGCCCGGCCGAGAGACUGAUGGAGAGGCAGAAACGGAAGGCGGACAUCGAGAAGGGGCUGCAGUUCAUUCAGUCAACCCUCCCGCUAAAGCAAGAGGAGUAUGAGGCCUUCCUGCUCAAGCUGGUGCAGAACCUGUUCGCCGAGGGCAAUGACCUGUUCCGGGAGAAGGACUACAAGCAGGCCCUGGUGCAGUACAUGGAGGGGCUGAACGUGGCUGACUAUGCCGCCUCUGACCAGGUGGCCCUGCCCUGUGAGCUGCUGUGCAAGCUGCACGUCAACCGGGCCGCCUGCUACUUCACCAUGGGUCUGUACGAGAAGGCGCUGGAGGACAGCGAGAAGGCGCUGGGCCUGGACGGCGAGAGCAUCCGCGCUCUCUUCCGCAAGGCGCGGGCCCUCAACGAGCUGGGGCGCCACAAGGAGGCCUACGAGUGCAGCAGCCGGUGCUCCCUCGCACUCCCGCACGAUGAAAGUGUCACCCAGUUGGGCCAGGAGCUGGCGCAGAAGCUGGGGUUGCGAGUGCGAAAGGCGUACAAGAGGCCCCAGGAAUUGGAAACCUUUUCUCUCCUCAGCAACGGCACUGCAGCUGCCAUGGCAGAUCAGGGAACUUCCAAUGGAUUGGGGUCCAUAGAUGACAUCGAAACAGACUGUUACGUGGACCUGCGAGGAUCCCCGGCCCUGCUCCCCUCCACCCCCACGAUGCCCCUGUUCCCUCACGUCCUGGACCUGCUGGCCCCCCUGGACAGCAGCAGCAGGGCUGCCCCCAGCACGGAGAGCCUGGAUGACUUUUCGGACGGGGACGUCUUUGGUCCGGAGCUGGACACCCUCCUGGACUCACUGUCUCUGGUCCAGGGUGGCCUGCCCGGUGGCAGUGUGCCCAGCGAGCUGCCCCAGCUGAUUCCUGUGUUCCCUGGCGGGACCCCACUACUGCCACCCGUGGUGGGCGGCUCCAUCCCCGUCUCCAGCCCGCUGCCCCCUGCCUCCUUUGGCCUCGUCAUGGACCCCUCCAAGAAGCUGGCUGCCUCUGUGCUGGACGCCCUCGACCCCCCAGGCCCCACGCUGGACCCCCUGGACCUGCUGCCAUACUCGGAGACCCGGCUGGAUGCCCUUGACAGCUUCGGGUCAGCUCGGGGCUCACUGGACAAGCCGGACUCCUUCCUGGAGGAGACCAGCUCACAGGAGCACCGGCUGCCCAGCAGCACUCAGAAGCCAGCGCCAUCGCCGGAGCCCUCCAUGCCCAACACCGCCUUGCUCAUCAAGAACCCCUUGGCUGCCACGCACGAGUUCAAGCAGGCCUGCCAGCUGUGCUACCCCAAGACAGGCCCCAGGGCGGGCGACUACACCUACCGCGAGGGCCUGGAGCACAAGUGUAAGCGGGACACCCUGCUCGGGCGGCUCCGCAGCGCCGAGGAUCAGACCUGGAAGCGCAUCCGGCCGCGGCCCACCAAGACCAGCUUCGUGGGCUCCUACUACUUGUGCAAAGACAUGAUUAACAAGCAGGACUGUAAGUACGGGGAUAACUGCACCUUCGCCUACCAUCAGGAGGAAAUCGACGUGUGGACCGAGGAGCGGAAGGGCACCCUCAACCGAGACCUGCUCUUCGACCCGCUGGGGGGCGUCAAGCGCGGCAGCCUCACCAUCGCCAAGCUCCUCAAGGAGCACCAGGGCAUCUUCACCUUCCUCUGUGAGAUUUGCUUUGACAGUAAGCCCCGGAUCAUCAGCAAAGGCACCAAGGACUCUCCGGCCGUCUGCUCCAACCUGGCUGCCAAGCACAGCUUCUACAACAACAAGUGCCUGGUGCACAUCGUCCGCUCCACCUCCCUCAAGUACUCCAAGAUCCGCCAGUUCCAGGAGCACUUCCAGUUCGACGUGUGCCGCCACGAGGUGCGCUACGGCUGCCUGCGGGAGGACAGUUGCCACUUCGCCCACAGUUUCAUCGAGCUCAAGGUGUGGCUGCUGCAGCAGUACUCAGGCAUGACGCACGAAGACAUCGUUCAGGAAUCCAAGAAGUACUGGCAGCAGAUGGAAGCGCACGCUGGGAAGGCCAGCAGUGGCUCGGGUGCCCCAAGGACACAUGGGCCCAGCACCUUCGACUUGCAGAUGAAGUUUGUGUGUGGCCAGUGCUGGAGAAAUGGGCAGGUGGUAGAGCCAGACAAGGACCUCAAGUACUGCAGUGCCAAGGCCCGUCACUGCUGGACCAAGGAGAGGCGGGUCCUUCUGGUGAUGUCCAAGGCCAAGAGAAAAUGGGUGUCAGUGAGGCCGCUGCCAUCCAUCCGCAACUUCCCACAGCAAUACGAUCUCUGCAUCCACGCGCAGAACGGCCGCAAGUGCCAGUACGUGGGGAACUGCUCCUUUGCACACAGCCCCGAGGAGAGGGACAUGUGGACGUUCAUGAAGGAGAACAAAAUCCUAGACAUGCAGCAGACCUAUGACAUGUGGCUGAAGAAACACAACCCAGGGAAGCCCGGGGAAGGGACCCCGAUCAGCUCCCGGGAAGGGGAGAAGCAGAUCCAGAUGCCCACAGACUAUGCUGACAUCAUGAUGGGCUACCACUGCUGGCUCUGCGGCAAGAACAGCAACAGCAAGAAGCAAUGGCAGCAGCACAUCCAGUCGGAGAAGCACAAGGAGAAGGUCUUCACCUCCGACAGCGAUGCCAGCGGCUGGGCCUACCGCUUCCCCAUGGGCGAGUUCCGGCUCUGUGACAGGCUCCAGAAGGGCAAGGCCUGCCCGGAUGGGGACAAGUGCCGCUGCGCCCACGGCCAGGAGGAGCUCAAUGAGUGGCUGGACCGGCGGGAGGUGCUGAAGCAGAAGCUGGCCAAGGCCCGCAAGGACAUGCUCCUGUGCCCACGGGACGACGACUUCGGCAAAUACAACUUCCUGCUGCAAGAAGAUGGAGACACUGCUGGUGCCACCCCAGAAGUUCCUGCUGCCGCCACCGCUGCCACCGCCAGCACCGCCGCCGCUGCGGAGUAGGGGCGAGGUCUCGGCCGUGGGCAAAGUCCUGGGGUCGGGUGGGGGUGGGGACAGAGGGCGCGAUGGAAGGGCUAGGGUAGGCCAGCUGGGGGUGGGGGGUGCCCUCCUGAGGCAGCCCCCAGCCCCCGGGGCCCCUUCCAUCCUCUCCACCCCCACCAUCCAGGUGUGCGUCCCUGGUGCACAUGCUGCAGCCCCACGUGGUCCCAGGGUCCUCAUCCUGCUGACACCGGGACAGACCCUCCCCCACCCCCACGGCUCUCCUGGUUGGGGACGGAGGGGACUGGCUGACCCCUCCGGCUUCAGCCUACAGCUUUAACUUCUGUCUGCUCCUAAAGGGGGCCCAAAACUCAGGGCUGGGGAGCCUGGGGUCCCCACUUGAAUCUGCAGCAGGAGGGUCCUUUCUUCCUCUCCCUCCCUCCCGCCCCCUCCUCGGGGGGCAGAUCAGGACACAACAGAGGGCAGGUGGCCCCAGUUAGCUUUAAAAUGCAGCCUCAGGGUGGAGCCGGGGUGUACUGGUCACGUACACCCUGGGCCUCAGUUUCCCUUCUGGUUGAAUCAUCGUCAGAUUGGAGGGCUGGAUAAUCGCUCCCACCCCUGCCCCGUUUCCUCGCAGGCCGCUAGUAUAGAUCAGGCAUCCUCAGCCUUCAGAGUGGACCCUGCCUGAGCCCCACUUUGCAGAAAGGAAAACUGAGGCCUAUCCGGAGGAGUGAUCUGGCCCAGGGUCUCCAGCCCCUGGUAGGAGGCAGAGCUCAGUUAAAAACAGUGAUUGGGGCAGAGGUGGGACAGUCUCGGAAUCAGAAUCAGAGUGUGACUGGGCCUUAGGCAGCACCCCUGGAGGACAGUCCCCUCCUGAGGAAGCUGUCAGAGGAGCAGCAGAGUUAGGUCCCCACACCUGCUCAGGAAGAGGUGGAGAGGGCAGGGCGCCGUGAGCCCAGGUUCCGCACUUGGCACAGAGAAGGGGUUGGGGAUGUGGAGAAGCGGGAGGCUCCAUCCUGGGCACUCCGGGGGGGGGGACACAGUCCCUUUCCCGGUGACCCAAGACCCAAACAUACCAUGAUGCCCAGCUGUCCCACCCUUCCCCAACCCCCAGCCCUGCCAGCUGCCUGGGACCCCAGCUGACCCCCAGUCCCGGCCCCUCAGGCCUCUCCCCUUGUCUGCUGUGUCUGCGUGCACCCCCUCCAUCCCAUCUCGCGGGCAGCCCCCGUCCCCUGAUUCCCCAGACAUUCCAGAAUGCCCCGUGCUGUUGGCACAGGGAGUGGGGCACCCCCGCAAGGAACCAGGGACUAAGGCCGGGGGGAGUGUGGUGGAGAGGACAGAACACCAGGUAGUUUUCCUCCAGCGAGGAUCCACAGUGCGCGUGAUGGCAUAAUGGGCACCCUGGCCGACGGACCCUGUUCCUCCUGCCUCGGCUGCCCAGCCUUGUCCCAGUAAUCGUGGCAUGCGCCCUCCCCCUUCCCGCCCCUCCCCUGGCGGGCCAGCACUGCGGGAGGACGGUGCUGGCCGUGUGGCUGGCUGGAGGCGAGACCACAGCCAAGGUGGGGCGCUGCCGGGAACGGGGAUGGCACUUGUCCUCCUGAUCUGUGCUGUUGCAGUCUGUCGUCACCAGCCCUGUUUUUAGUGUGUAUAUAUGUCGCCCCGUGAUACAUAUAUACACAGGUAUUAAAUAUAUCACUCUAUAUAAUAUUAUAUAUGUGUGUGGUAUCCAAGGAAUUGCUUCUAAUGAGGGCUAAAGAUAAAGAAUUUGGCCAGAAUAUGCAGCCAUCCUCGCGUGACUAGGAGGGAAUUUGGGGUCAUCGGGCCAUUUUCAUGGAGUUAGUGACUAGACUGGGCUCAGCAGUGAUCUGGGCGCUCUGCUGCCUGCUGGUUUCCUGGACCAGCCCUGUCUAGCAGGGAGAACCAGAGGGCUCAGGGAAAGGGAAUGAUCUGUCUGUCCCCCAAGAACAGGACGGGAGUCCAGAGUUUUCAUCUUGAGCUGUUACCGCCUAGGCCUUUGGGAUCUGGGGCUCCCUGGCCUCGCCAGAGCUGGCUCCCCAUGGUGUCGGGAGGAGAGCGGACAGAGGGAGCGGGGAGAGUGGGGGACAAGAGAGCUCUGUUAAUGACGAGGUGGACUGUGUCAGCUGUGACCCCUCUCCAGGUCCCUGGCUGGGAGAUUCAGAGUGGGGUCUAGGGCCUGCGCCCACCCCAGCGGGUGGGCGGGGACAAGAUGGCACAGCUGGGCUGGGGUGGGCCGAGGGGAUGCUGCAUUUCACAGCUGGACAGUAAUCAAUUUAAUGGUCCUUUUAAAAUGUCUGUGUAUUAAAACUUUAAGAAUACCACACUUUAAUAUUAAAUAUCAUAAGGUCUAGUAUCUUGAUAAUAAUGUAGAUGUUUUAAUAACAACUUUUGUCCUUCUUAAAAUAAAAUGGAAGAAACUUG